AACCACAGUCCAUCGUCACUCGUUUGUUCAUCCGCAUCCAGCUGCAUCGUGCUCGUGUACGCUCCGUGGUGUUUACAGUGGUUCAAAUUCUAAAACUCCCAGAAAAAUGGCCUCCUUCUACCGUACGUUCCUGGUCGGUGCGCUCGCGCUGUGUGCAGUGUUCUGUUUGGCCAGUGCCGCUGAAGCCGGUGCCGCUACCGAUAGCAGUUUCGAUGCCGAUAUCGCGGAGGGACGCACAUUUGGCCACCACUUCCUGAAGCGCAUCAGCUUCGCCAUGAUACCGGCCGCGUUCGUCGUCGGCGUCAUCACCACGCUCCUGUCCGCCCUGACCGUCGUCUCGAUGAAGGGUUUGGGUGUCGGUGUGAUUCUUCUGGUGCUUACCAUCUCGCAAGUCAUUGCCAGAAGCUUCCCGGCCCCACUGCCACCCCCAGUGCCGGUUGCCUACAGUGCACCCGCCCCGGCACCGAUACCGCUCGUGUACAAGGACUGGUGAAAAGUGAAGCGGCCCCCGCACCUUUAGUUUCGUAGUGUUGAGCGUAAUGAACUAUUUAUUUAUUUAUUUCUGCAUACGAUGCCAAUCGAUCUAGGUCGAUCUAGAGACGGGGAAUGUAGGAGGGGGAAGACACGAAGACCCCCCCCCCCCUCUCUUCCUCAAACGCAAAUGUAGGCCACCGAUAAUGCACGAUCGAGCCGAAGUCGGGCCACGAGUCACGAUUAAGCAAAUCUUACGAUGUUUUAUUUUUUGCUUUCUUUUCGGCGUUGUGAGCGUUUGUGACAAUAAAUUUCUCCGAAAUUAAA